GUUGAUAGUUUAUUAAUCAUGGAUGAAAAAAUACAUGGUAUUUAAAAAAAUGAAAAUUUCUUGUUUUAUUUUCGUCGUUUAUAGCGUUUGUUUUACGCUGUUUUCUUCUGUGAUUGAUAGCUCACAUAGUAUAGCACCUGGCCAAGACGAUGACGGUAUUAAAAUGGACAAAUAUACACAUUACGACGAGUUGACAAAUCUCUUACAGCGGCUUACUGCUGAGUACCCACAUAUAACUAAACUGCAUUCGAUCGGGAAGUCCGUUCAGGGAAGAGAUCUUUGGGCUGUACAGAUUACGGAUAAAAUCAAUGAUGUUGAACCCGGGGAACCUAUGUUUAAAUAUGUUGGUAAUAUGCACGGGAAUGAAGCCGUUGGCAGGGAAAUUUUGAUCUAUCUAGUUGAAUAUUUAUUGAAAAAUUACAGUCAUAAUCGACGUGUGACAAAACUAAUUGAUACAACUAACAUAUUCAUUAUGCCAAGUAUGAAUCCGGAUGGUUUCGAAGCUGCAAAAGAAGGUGACUGCCUGGGUAUCCAGGGUCGGCCGAACGCAAAUGGCAAAGAUCUCAACCGUAACUUUCCGGAUCAAUUCAAUGGUAUGGCAACCUAUGACUUAGGUCAUGAUGCUGAGCCAGAAACUAAAGCCAUGAUAAAUUGGAUUCGUGGAAAUCGUUUUGUGCUCUCCGCAAAUUUACAUGGUGGCUCGUUAGUUGCCAGUUAUCCUUUUGAUAGCAAUCCAUUGCACGUAGCCCAGGGUCUUGCGAGCCCCACUCCGGAUGACCCGGUGUUCCGACAUCUUGCGACGCUCUAUGCAACAAAGCACAAGACAAUGAGCACAGGUGAUCCAUCGUGCGAGGAACAUUUUCCUGGUGGGAUAACAAAUGGCGCUAAGUGGUAUGAUGUUCCGGGGGGCAUGGAAGAUGUCAACUACCUGCUUAGCAAUUGCUUUGAGAUCACUCUUGAGCUAUCUUGCUGUAAGUACCCUGAGGCGAAGCAUUUAAGAGGAGAAUGGCAACGUAACAAGGAAGCAUUGCUCUCAUAUAUGGAGGAAACAAACAACGGUGUUCAUGGUUUUGUGAAGGAUGAAAACGGUAAUCCAAUCGAAGGUGCUGUUAUAAGCGUUAAAGGGGUGAAGCAUAGUGUGACAAGUGCAAAAUAUGGUGAUUUUUGGAGACUUCUUGUGCCAGGACAAUAUCAGAUUUCUGCUUGUGCUAAAAAGCAUGAAUGUGUAACAAAAGAUAUUGUUGUCCCAGAGACAGGUUAUGCAAAAGCUGAAUUCAAGUUACCAGUUGAUGAUGCAAAUCAAAUUGAACAUUUCCUUAACCGAGUUAGACGAGACGUCAGCAACUCAUUCAAAAUGUCAACAGCAGCUCCUGUGCAUUACCUGACUCAUUCAACCCUUCAAAACAUUCCUUUCACUGUCGAUGAUCUGAAAAAUGUCGUCAAGAAAUGGAGCAAGCCUCUUACAUUUGUUCAUCACAAUUAUGAUCAAAUGACAGAGUACUUGAAAAAUUUUGCCCAAAGCUUUCCUGAAAUAACCAAACUAUACAGUGUGGGGAAAUCUGUGGAAGGACGAAACCUCUGGGUCUUGGAAAUAUCCGAUAAUCCUGGAAAGCACGAACCUGGUGAGCCGGAGUUUAAAUAUGUUGGGAACAUGCACGGGAAUGAGGUUGUUGGUCGUGAAAUGUUGCUGUUGUUAAUUAAAGUUUUCUGUGAAAACUACCAAAAGAUUCCAGAAAUUGGGGCAAUUGUUAAGAACACAAGGAUUCACAUUAUGCCUUCGAUGAACCCAGAUGGCUACGAACAAGCGGUUAUCGAGGAUGAUCUUGCUGGACGAGAGAAUGUUCGUGAUGUUGACCUCAACAGAGAUUUCCCAGACAGGUUCGACACCCAGGAAGAGCUUCGCUCAGCAAAACGUCAACCCGAGACCCUGGCUUUGAUGAAAUGGAUCACCUCCAACCCCUUUGUCUUAUCAGCCAACCUUCAUGGUGGUUCCCUGGUCGCAAACUACCCUUUCGAUGACACUCGGAACGGGCGGGUUGCCUACAGCGAGAGCCCGGACGAUGCUAUAUUCAGACAGCUGGCGGUGACGUACUCCAGUGCGCAUCCCGUGAUGCAGCAUGCGAAACCCUGCCCUGGUUUUCCUAAGGAGGUCUUUAAGAACGGCAUCACCAACGGCGCGAAGUGGUACGUCGUUUCUGGCGGAAUGCAAGACUUCAACUACCUCCAUAGCAAUUGCUUUGAGAUUACAGUCGAGAUGGGCUGCACGAAGUUCCCUAGAGCCAGCCGUCUUCAUUCGUACUGGGACGCACACAAGCUACCGUUGAUUUUGUUCCUGACCCAGGUUCAUCGAGGCGUGCGCGGAUUCGUGACCUCGGACCAGGGGGAAGCACUGAAGCGCGCGAUCAUCACAGUCUCUGGUAUCAAACACAUGGUAUUCACCGCUGACGAUGGUGACUACUGGCGUCUUCUCGUUCCCGGGACCUACAAGCUCAUGGCGGCCGCGUACGGCUUUAGGACACAAACGAAGGAAGUAACGGUGCCCGAUGGCUUGGCUUUGGUUGUGAAUUUCACGCUUGUUAAAGCCGAAGCUAAACCUGAACUGUCUCAAGUUGCGCUGUCUCCUCCAGGACAACAGAAUGAUAGCCCAGACCAAGGCGUUAUCAUGACAAAGGAACCAACAGAGUCACCGACCAACACGAAACAUCAAUAUUUAUCUGGUUUUGAGAGCUGGCCUCACCACAACUACAAACAAAUGUCCGAGUUCUUUGAGCAGUACACGAAAGCAUACCCCGACAUCACUUCGAAAUCUGUGAUAGGCGAGAGUAUGAAAGGUCGAAAGAUCUUCUCCUUCGAAGUCUCUGAGGAUCCUGGGGUGCCUAAAGAAGGAAAACCCGUGGUUGGUUUCCUUGGCAACCUUCGAGCAGAUGACGCGGUCGGCAGGGAACUGCUUCUUAUGCUUAUAAAACGAUUAUGCACCGGCUACCAAAAUAGAGAUCCGAGGAUCGUGAAAAUUUUAAUGUCAACUCGAGUGAUCUUUGUCCCUGCCCUGGAUGUUGACGGGUAUGAAGAUAGGAAGAAAAAGAAGUGCGAUUCUGGGGAUCUUGGAGAUAAAGAUUUAUCCAGAUGGUUCCAUCAUUCUGGUCUGAUUAGAUCAAAGCGAGAAGCACCAUAUGACAUGGCCAAGUUUUUAAGAACGGCGUUGGAUGCCCCGGCUGAAGUGAAAUUGUUUAAGGAAUGGUUGGGGUAUCAAAACUUUGCUUUGGUCGUGAAUAUCGAGGGAGGGCAGCUUGUGACCAGGUACCCUCUUGAUGCAAGCGUAGAACCCAGUGCCCGCGCCAACAACUUCACGACGGCCGACGACGACAUCCUCCGAGAGUUGGCGCUCACGUACUCCGAGCAAUACCCGGACAUGCAUAGCGGUCACGGUUGUAUGAACUCCAAGGACCAAUUUCCCAGCGGAGUCACAAACGGUGCGGGCCGGCGACGCCUUCCGUACAGCGUACAGGAUUAUACCUAUUUGGACCUCAACAUCCUAUCGAUAACCCCACAUGUCCACUGCUGUCACUACGUCCACCAUGACGAGCUACCGAGAUUGUUCAAAAACAACGAGCCCUCUCUCCUUGCGGUCCUAGACAAGGCGAGACAAGCUGUCAGAGGAGAUAUCUCUGAAAAAACACGUAUGCCGAUUCGAAAUGCGUUCUUCACGAUCUACAAGCGAAAAACGAUCAUAAACGUGACCAAAGACUACGGUAGUUUUUACCGAAUCCUCCCUCGAGGACGCUACAAACUUAUCGCGCAUGCGCCUGGGUAUUCCGGUAUCAUUAAGGAGGUCGCAGUGAGCUCAGAAAUCAGCUCAAACGUCAUGUUUACAUUGAACAAGUUUGUAGCAAAAUACGUGUACAAUACACCAGACGAAAUGGAAGCACAUUUGCACCAACUGUCUCCGCAUUGUUCCGAUGUCAUGCGUAUUUCCACUAUCGGGAAAACUGUGAAUGGUGAAGCGAUUCAAGUGGUAGAACUGUCAGAUAAUCCAGGUAUUCACGAGCCGGGUGAGCCUGAAUUUAAGUACGUUGCGGGUGUACACGGAAACGAGCGGGUUGGACCCGAGAUGCUGCUUCUUCUGAUCAGGCAUCUGUGCAUGAACUACGGCAGCGAUGACAUGGUCACGAAACUCGUGAACUCGACAAGAAUCCACAUACUGCCCAUGUUGAAUGUCGAUGGGGUGAACGAAUCCCGGGAGGGGGAUUGUACCUCGGAGAUUGGUCGCUUCAAUGCCAACGGCGAAGAUCUGGAUGAGCAUUACCCAGGGGGAUUUGAGACCAAGAAAUCUGCGCUACCACUGGAAACACUGGCUGUUAUCAACUGGAUGGACAAUCAUCCCUUCGUUCUCUCUGCUUCCCUCCACGGUGGCACCCUUCUCGCGGCCUACCCCUUUGACUCGCCUCGGAGCCCUAGUGGCCACGGCGCAGCCGACGACGCAAUAUUUCGACAUCUUGCUUCAAAAUAUUCAAGGAUGAAUCCCGCAAUGCAUCGUGGACAUCCCUCAUGCCCGGGCCUCGCCGUGAACGAUAAGUUUCCCGAAGGAAUCGCGCCCGGGUUCAAGUGGAAGCCCAAAGUAAACUCCAUGAUGGAUUAUAAUUAUAUGCAGAAGAAUUGUUUCGAACUGUCCUUGUACCUAGGAUGCUGUAAGUUUCCGUUCGCGAAUACAUUGGAACAUUUCUGGGCGGUGAAUAGAAAGCCUUUACUUUACUACAUGCAUCAGGUGCAUCGCGGGAUAAAAGGCUUCGUCCGGGACGAAAAUAAUAACCCGAUCCCAGGCGCUAGUAUACGAAUAAACGGCUCGGCUCAUGUCGUCCGCACGGCGAAAGAUGGCGACUAUUGGCGACUGCUUACGGCGGGCUCGUACCGAGUCACGGCCUCCGCCGAACACUACAAAAGCGUGACGAAGAAGGUCCAAGUGUACGACAAUUUUGACACCACUGUCGUGAACUUCAACUUGGCGAAAAACGUAGAAAUCACGCCCGCGAAAUCCGUGAUGUUUUUCGGAAUGGAAAAAUUGACUUUUGUUGUGCUGGCCAUUUUCAUUGGGAUCAUUGUGACGGUCAUGAUGAUGGGAGCCGUGAGGAUCUUCCGUCGGCGGGGUCGGCGCCAGGACUUCGCCAAAUUGCACGGACGAAACGCCUACAAGGACGAAUAUGAACGCGAGGUCGCCAUGAAGUCGUUUAAUUCGAAAGCGUUGCUAAGAAACGAGUACAGUGACGACAGCGAGGAAGAUGAAUUCGAAGAGUAUGUGGUGCAAGGAAGAUCGUCUAGAAAAUCCUAAACAAUUUAUUCAAGAUGGCUUCUCUCGCGCGGAAUCAGAGGUCAGUUUUCAUUCAGGAACACUGGUCUAUCUGGUACUACCUUGGUCUAUCGAACCAGGGAAAAGCCGGUUUUCCACUAGGCGGAAUUUUUCGAUCGAAAGAAAUUUUUUGCUCGAUUUUCUUUUCAAUUGUGACCGGUGAAGGGAAUCCGCUACGGUCGAGCCUCACAAUUGAAAAGAAAAUCGAGCGAAAAAUUUCGUCUUAAUAUCAGUGAAACGAGCUGUAGCCACACUGGUUCGACCAGAACCCCAAUAACCUUUAAGGACAAUUCUCCUGAGUGGAAACUAACCACGAUUCAUUCAGACAUUUCCGAGGUACUGAAUAUUGUAGAUCACGUUGUAAAAGAGAUUUUCCGUAGAUUUCUCUAAUGAGACUGUUUCAUCUUACACAACCUUCUCGGUUUUCCAAAAGUUGCUCUUUUACAACCAUCAGUAUCCCAGGAAUGUCCGAAGAGUCUAUCGGAGAGAUGCUAUAAUUUUUAAAUUAAUGAUAAAUAUUUUAUUAAAUAAUCUCACAAUUGCCUAGAAUU